AUGCUUGCAAAUGAGAAGGAGCAAUCAUCAAAUCAUGUCAACGAGGAGGUUGAUCUUGAUGAACUUAUGGAUGUUGUUUAUUUUCUCUUGUUUGAGAUUUAUGCUACUAUCUGUAACGUAAGCGUUCUUACCGCUGAGAAAAGAGAAGCGUUUAAUAGACAAGGACAUGGUGAGUAUCGAGAGGUGAGCGAGGGGGAUUUCUUGGGAGAAGUUACCAGGAGUGAAAGUGAUUUGUCAUUUCUACCACAAGGAGUUUUUACCGCUGCAAAAUGCUCCUUUCUUUGUCACGAAGCCAGCAAUCAAGACCUUGCCUUCAAGGGAAUUGCGAUAGAUAGGCUAGUUGGGUUCCAGGACUUGGGCACAAAGGACGAUUUCAGCACUACCAAACUGAAGAACGUUCUGUCAUUCAACAAGAAUGCUUAG